AUGGAAAAGAACACAAAGAUCAAGGGCGGGUCCUUCAAAACCAUGGGAUUGGAUUACAGACUUCUCCGAAACAUUCUUUACGAAAACCCAACGCCAAUUCAAAGAAAGACAAUUCCGUUGGUUCUGGAGAGAAGGAGUCUAAUGGGGGUUGGAAGAACAGGGAGUGGAAAGACACUAUGCUAUCUCAUCCCUGCUGUGCAACGAGCCAUCGAGGGAGAAAGAACACUUGUGAUUGCCCCUACCAAGGAGCUUGUCACCCAGGUCAGAAGGGUACUGAAGAGACUGGCAAGAGGGAUAGAGGAUGUAUGGAAGCUCAUUGAAAUCAACACUCCAGGAAAUAUUCAAAGCACAAGUGUUGAGAUGCUGGUGGUUGAUGAAAUAGAUAGAAUUCUGGAAGAGCCAAGCCUGAAGUUGGUAUUUGAUAGGAUAAGCGAAGAGGUGGCGUGCCAGAAGGUAUUCUUUAGUGCAACACUCCCAGAUCAUCCAUUGAACAUAAAGGUAGUUGAAAUAGAGGCCAAGAUAAACGAGACGGUUAAGCAUUUUUUCUUCUAUGUUCCAAGUGAGAGCAAGGAGGCAGCUCUGCUUCGAGUAUUGGAUAAGACAAGAAAGACAAUUGUGUUUGUUGCAACUAAGUAUGCUGUGGAAUUGCUUCUAGAGAUCCUUAACAAAAACAAUUUCGAGUCACGUGGAAUUUAUUCUUCAAUGGACGAUGAGGCAAGAAGAACCAAUUUCAAAGACUUCAACUCUUCCAAGUUCAACAUUCUUGUUGUGACGGAUGUUGCAGCACGUGGACUAGACAUCCCAUAUCUUGACACUGUUGUAAACUAUGAUCUGUGUGACGAAAGGACAUUUCUGCACAGGGUUGGGCGUGUUCGGGGAAUGGGAGUGCAAUACAGCUUUGUGACAUACACAGAUGUCUUUCACUUCUUCAACAUACAGGAAACAUAUCUUCCCAAUGUUGAGAUCGGAACAAUUCCUCAGGAGUAUCUAGAUGUUUAUGACUUCGGGGAAUUUGAGCAUCUAAAGUCUGUUGCAAACAAAGGACAUCAGAAAUGCCUUGAAUUUAGAAGAAAAGUCAGUGUUCCGGCCGAGUACAAAGACAAGAUAAAGGGAUUCAAAACUCAUUCUAUGUUUGAGCAUAAGGAAACACUUCUUGACCAGCUUAAAGAGAUGGAGAGCCGCAAGACAUUACCUCGAAAGGAAGAUGAAAAAGUAGAAAACAAAGAGUACAGAGACCAGACAUUUAUACCCUAUGCCCGUAAGGACUCUAGAAUUCAUUCAUCUGCGUUUGGAGUGGCGAAAGAUGAUUACGUCAGAGAAAGAAAGGAAAAAUUUUCUUUUUCCAUGAUGAGGAGGAGAACAGCAAAGAAAACGGCGGAAACAAGUAAAAAAUAA